GAACACCAGCUCCCGGGAAUUUGACCUUCUGAGCUCUGUAAGUCACUAAAUGCACCUCUACCCCCACCCCACCCCCGAUACUUACCCUGCACACCCCACCCACACAUACUCACACCUCUUCACCCACAUACACACACCUUCCCCAUUCCUCAAAUGUCACCAUGUAUAACUGAACAAAUCCAGAAUAACUUUCCUAAAACCACUCACCAUGUUUAAUAGUCUAUAGAUACAUCAGUCUCCUUAAUUGUGUCUUAAUAUUUCUUAGUAAAAUCCAUAUUUUAAAGCUCUUUUCUUUUAACCUCUUAUUUCCUGCUUGGACUCCAUGGGCAAUGGCAGCACCAUUUGGGGCAUCCGAGUUUUAUGCCACGGAGCUUUGUGUUAGGUCAUCAGUCUUCCCGGCAAAAGGUACAGAAAGUGUCAGCUGGCUAAACGUGCCCCCCCCCCUGGCUUCCCCCAGAAUGACUGCAGCCCUUGGGACCUCCCUGGGGAUGACUCUGAGACGGAAAGGCUCAGCCUCAAUUGGAGUUUAGCAGCAGUAAAGGAAAACAAAUGAAAUGCAAUUUUCCGAAAUCAAGCUCACCAGAUCUCAUAUAUGUCUGCCUGUCUGUCUGUCUGUCAGUCUGUCUGUAUGUGUUUAAUUGCUGUGUUCUGGAGGUGGAUGUUCCACACGUUUCCUCAUAGGAAGAGAGAUAAGAGGGACUUCAGCUAUGUUGGAUGCUGAGUAUGUAGAUUGGGACAGGUAGAAAGUGAUGUAGCUUAAGAUUUCAAAUGAAAGUUUGUUCAGGAAAAGCUUUUUGAUGAUCUUCAAUACUCUCCACCCCAGGCUUGAAAUCUCCAUGAGAUUCUCACCCAGAGAGGAAUUUGUCCAAAUCGCCAAGAUUCCUUUCUCCCUUAUUCACUUUAACUUUGCUAAUGUUUGAACUCAUUCUCCAUUAUGUCCGUGCUUCGGAGACUUUGCAAGAAGAACUGUGCAUGCAUAUAUGUGUGACAGUGGGGACACACAGGCUGCAUUUCACCCUCGGAUUAAAAGGAAUCCUCUCCUGCCUGGAUCUCUUGGCCAACUUAUGUAUUCAUUUACCUUGCCGAGUUUUCUUUUGCUUUUCUUACCAGUUAUAGGUGAGAAAGGCAUUGGAUAGAAAAGUUGCUUGUCUGUAAGUAUUCUCCCAGGUCUCAUAGGGAAACUAAGGACUAAAAUAUGUCAUUCAACAUGCUUAGUUGUAAGGAAAACUAUGAGUUCAAUUCACAGAGGGAAUAAAACUGCAGGUAGGAGCCUUUAUCUUUCAGACGCGUCAUUCUUCUUCAGCAUGACUUAGGCGUUCAAAAAGAGGCGUCACAGCCUGGCUCUAUGUGGCCUUUUGUGUACCAGGUGGUGUGGUGGUCAUCCGACUUCUCUCUUUUGUGCCUGACUUUGACAGUCUCUUUCCCUCAAAGAGUUUCUAUAGCAACAUUAAGUCAAAGGGUGCUGUUCUUUGGAUGCGAGCCCAGUACUUUUCCAUCUCAGAAUGAAUCCAGAAACAUCACUAUUGCCUUACCAGUAGGUUUAGCACAUAAUUUAUCAUCCAAAUGGAGUCUUUUGAUCAUGGUAGGAGCCUUAAGAGUAAUUAUGGCAGAACAGGUGUAAACCAGGGUCAUCUGAGCAAGCCAGGACCUAGUGGCACUUACUCAAGAGGCCCUGUGGGAACCAGCCAGAAGCCUCUCAGUUCUAUCUCUGUCUCCUUCUCUGGCCUCACUUAGCUCCCAAGCUAUUGGAUGCUUUUCAAGAAUAAAGACAUGCCCCGGCUGCCUGGGCUCUUCUUUUGCUAAAAUUCAAAAUGCCUUGUUCUUUCUACUUAAUCCAAGCCUCUACUCAAAUCUUACCUAUUAGACUUCUUCUGAUGCGCCUAAAACAGUGCCUUCUUCCCCUGUUCACUCCUCCCUAGCCCUGUCUGUGUGCUCCUUUUUAGUUCUCAAUGCACGAUGGUGCUGUCUGUCUGUCUACCAUCUAUCUGUCCAUCCACCUAUCACCUAUUCUGUUUGUAUGUUUGGCUAUCCAAUUGGUUAUGUCUCCUCCCCACCCCGCCCCAGAGGGCAAACCAUCGUAAAUUGACCUUGUCCUGUUUUUGCUUUGUGCUUAAUGUCUAGCAGACUCAUAUUUAGUCCUCCAGGAUGAACAAAGACACACAUGAGCACAUGUAAGGCGGAAUAAACUCCUGAUGAGAUGAGGAGACGGCAAAUAUAAAACUAUCAUAAUAAACUUAUUCUGGGUUAUUUAUAUUUGGAUCUAUGUAACUUGUCUUUGUAAAUUAGAAAGAAAACAAUAUUAAUUAUACAAACACCUGGAACUGUUUAUGAAGGGAAAAGGAGCUUAUUCUUGGUGUAGACAGUGUAAGAAAGAAACAGCGUUCGGACUGCCUGUCCAUAGAUAGAGAUGAAAAGAUCUGCACAGGUCUUCAAACACCAAUGCUCUCUCUCUCUCUCUCUCUCUCUCUCUAAGAACCUGCUAUUUGACACUCUGCCAAGUUCAGCCACAGCUUACGACUCCCCAUAGAGGAUAUUUCACUGAGAUCCAGCUUACAUAAAACCAGCCAUUUCCCAGCGGGAUGAACAGAGAAGUGUGAACAGAGGCGCGUUCCCUGAAAGAGUCCCGGUAGCCUCGUGGAAGCCUUCUGACAUGACCAGCAGACAGCAUCACUACCAAGGCUGCUCGGGGUUUAAGCCCUGCUUCUAAAGUGCCAUGUCCUGCAAAGAAAGUCCCCAUGUGGGUGCUUCCACCACCACUGUCAGCUCUGUAGCCGUGCACGCUGGGGACUCCAAGAUCGUGAUCGCCGUUGUCAAGUGUGGCAAAUGGGUACGACUCCAACUGGCUGAAUCGCAGCCCAAUCUCCUCGAAAUUGGGAGCAGUCAAGAUGAAACCAAAAAACUCCUUCACGAUCAUGAGCUGCUUCUGGCCAAGCUUAAGGCCUUGGAAGAUCGUGUGUGGGAACUCUUACGGGAAGCAGACCGGACAGCUGAAGCAAACAAGGCUCAAAGUCAGGUGUAUGACGCCAUGGCCCAGACGCUGGGUGAGGCAUGGGCAACCCUGGUCUCCAUGCUUGAAAGAAGAAGGGAGCUCCUUGGGCUGACGUCCGAGUUCUUUCAAAGUGCUUUGGAGUUUGCUAUAAAAAUAGACCAAGCUGAAGCUUUUCUGCAGAAUCCUCAUGAGUUUGAGAGCACUGAAGCCUUACAGUCACUUCUUCUGCUUCAUGACCGACAUGCCAAAGAACUCUUAGAAAGAUCCCUAGACCUUUUAAACAAAAGUCAACAACUGACUGACUUCAUAGAAAAAUUCAAGUGUGAAGGAUCUACUAUGAAUUCUGAGCUGAUCCAGGGAGCUCAGAGCAGCUGUCUGAAGAUCGACAGCCUCCUUGAACUUCUGCAAGACAGGAGAAGGCAGCUCGACAAGUACUUGCAGCAACAGCGGCAGGAAUUGUCUCAGGUUCUGCAGUUGUGUCUGUGGGACCAACAAGAAAACCAGGUUUCUUCUUGGUUUCAGAAAGCAAUAAGAGAUCUGCAGGAACAGAGUCUGGGCGCAUCACUUUCAGACAACAGAGAGCUAAUCUGCAAGCACGAGGACCUGAUAGUCAAAGCAAAGGAAUGGGAUUCGGCCGUAGAGAAGCUGAAAAGCCAGGCUUUGGGGAUUCUAUUGUCCAAGGACUUGGCAGGAAAGGAACAUCUACAGCUCUCUAACCAGAAACUGAAUCGGCUUCAAGAAGAAUUUGGAAGACUCAUGGUGGAAAGGAAAGCCUGGUUAUCGAUGGCAAAUGACUUUUUUACCAGUGCUAACAAGUCAUUUGAUGUACUUGGGAAAGUUGAAGCUUACCUUAAGCUCCUUAAAUCAGAGGGUUUAAGCCUGCCUGUCUUGGCAGCGAAGCAUGAGGAAUUACACAGAGAAAUUAAAGACUCUACAGCCACUGCUCUGCAAAAGGGACGAACCUUAAUCAGCCAAGUAGACUCCUGCCGCUCUCGGGUGACAGGAAUCCACGAGAUGAUGGGAUACAUUCAGAACCGAGUGGAUUGUCUCACUGAACAGUGUACAGCGCAUGAGGAAUUUGCCCGCAAGAGACAGCAAUUAGCAACAUCAGUGGACGACUACCUAAGGAAGGUGGAAAUGUCAAUUCAGGAAAUCAGGCCCAUUCUUGCUACCACAUUGGAUGUUGCUUCCAGCCCUUCUGAAUCAGAGAAGAUUUUAAAUAAAUAUCUGGAAUUGGAUAUCCAAGUCAAGGAGACAGCACAUGCAUUAGAAGCAGCUGCAAAAAUCAUGACAGAGAAAAAUGAACUUGAACUCAAUGAAGUGGCAUUGCUUCCUCUUAAAGUGAAAUGGCUAGAGGAAGAAUUAAGCACGCUUGGUCGAAGCAUCAGCUGCAGGUCACGGAUCCUGCAGACGUACGUGGCAUUUCGAAAGUCAUCCGAGGAGGCAGAGGAGCAGCUUCAGAGCCUAAAGGAAUUUUAUCUGACUGAAAUUCCUUGGAAAGAUGAAGACGAUGCUGUGGUCAAGUGCCAGUCUAACUCCGCUGAGAGGAAAUGGCAGCUGUUUUUAAAGAAGAGUUUUUUGACCCAGGACUUGAGCCUCGAGUUUCUGAACUUAAUAAACAUGGCAAAAGAGAAUGAGAUAUUAAAUGUUAAAAAUGAAAUGCACAUUAUGGAGAACAUUAUGGAAAAGCAAACAAAUGGAAGGGAAGAGCUCAGCCAUCUCCGAGUGGCGUGGUACCUCAAAGCUAUCGAAGGCAAGCCUGCGAGAGAGCAGUGGGAAAUGUUCAAAGAGAAACUUACAAAGACUACUCACAGUGUAAAACUUCUCCACGAAGUUCUCAUGCCUGUCUCUGCGCUUGACCUUGGGGGGAGCCUCCAGAGCACGUCAGAUCUGCGGAGGAGGUGGAUCGCAAUGAAGCCUCAGCUCCAGCAACUGCAUGAGGAUGUUCAGCAAAUCACGAAAGAGUGGGAAGUGUUAAGCAGUCAGGGAGCUCCUCUGAAGGAGAAGGCUGAACAGCUGAAGGACCUUGUCCAUCUCCACCGGAGGCAGCGAGAGCGAAUCCAGGAAUAUGAGGAAAUCCUAUACAAGACAGUCCAGUUCCACCAGGUCAAGGAAGAGCUGGUCCAUCUCAUCAAACCAAGAGAACUGGAACUUCUAGCACAGCCCAUGGAACUGGCAAGUUCUGAGGAGGUCCAGAUGCAACUGGGCCGUUCGCAAGAAAGGCGGGCACAUGUAGACCAUCUCCAUCAGCUGGCCCUGACCUUAGGAGUGGACAUCAUUUCAUCCGUGCAACAACCUAAUUGCUCUAAUAUUUCUGCAAAGAACCUGCAGCAGCAGCUGGAGGCCCUUGAACUGGAGAGCAGGAGUUGGAGUGCCCAAGCCAAAGAACAUGAGCGCGUCCUGUCCUGCAGCUUGGAGUACUGCACUGCACGUGAUGAGAUCAGUGAGCUCAAAGAGUCAUUCAAAGACAUAAAAAAGAAAUUCAACAAUCUGAAGUUUAAUUACUCCAAGAAAAAUGAGAAAUCUCGAAAUUUAAAGACUCUUCAGUAUCAAAUCCAACAAGUGGAUACAUAUGCUGAAAAAAUUCAGGCUCUAAGGAAGAAAAUGGAAAAAGUUAAUAAUAAGACAUCUGAUUCAUUCUUAAGUUAUCCAAGUAAUAAAGCUAACAUGCUUUCGGAAGCCAUGGAGGAUUUGAAAAAGAACGUGGAUGACUUUGACAAAGUUGUGACAGAUUACAAAAUGAAUUUGGACCUGACUGAGCAUCUUCAGGAAGUAAUAGAAGAGUGUAACUUUUGGUAUGAAGAUGCAAGUGCCACCGUUGUGAGAGUUGGGAAGUAUUCCAUGGAGUGCCAAACAAGGGAAGCUGUGGACAUCCUCCACAGGCAGUUCAAUAAGUUUAUUACUCCCUCGGUGCCCCAGCAAGAAGAAAGGAUUCAGGAGGUCAUUGACCUUGCUCAGCGCUUAUAUGGUUUGGAAGAGGGGCAGAAAUAUGCAGAGAAGAUUGUCACAAGACACAAGGAGAUUCUUGAAUCUAUUACUGAAUUAUGUGGGUCUCUCGUGGAACUUAAAGAAAAACUGAUGCAGGGAGAGGUUCCAAAGAUGAAUUCAGAUUUGGAAGAUUUCCAUGACAAUUGCAUUGAUCUGCUAAAGGGGCCAGGGAAGGAUGACCAGAAAACAUUCAGUGAAGAAAGGAAUGAGGGGCAGGUGCAGGGAGCAGAUGUAUUGGCCGUCAAUGGAACAAGAGAAGAUGGGCUUCCCAUGGACUUGAGGCGGACCUCCUCUGACAAAGAGGACAGCGCCCAGGGUCUGAUCCUUCCAGAAGACACACUAUCUGGAGAAGAAUCUGAGUGUAUCUCAUCCGAUGACAUCUCUUUGCCUCCACUGCCAGUGAGCCCCGAGUCCCCUCUGGCACCAUCAGACAUGGAGGUAGAAGAACUUACCAGCUCCUCUGCCCUCGCCCUGCACAUCAGCGGCUACAGGAUGCAUCCAGGGACAGGUGGUCUAGGAAAGGCCCAGGAGUCUGCUCUUCCCUCACCCAUUGCCUUUGCGGAUGGGGGCCAUAGUAAGAAAGACACAUUUACAAGUCAUUUUGAGAGGCCCUAUCCACAGUUGAAAGCUGAAUCCUCAUUAGCCUCCAGAGGAUCAGCAGAGAUGAGUACCAAGUUGCACAUCAAUGUGAAAUGUCCAGCGAGCAUGCCCCAUGAAGUGCACGACAAAGCUUUACAGCAAUGCUCCCAGGCUCGGGAGAGCACACUAGAAAUGCAGGAAAAAGUGCAUGCUGAUUCUAACGUCACUAAAACCCAAGACAGGCUGCAUGCUGCCCUUGAUGUGUCCCCUGGCCUCGGCUCUCAACCAGACACCAGCGAGAGCCAUCAGAGGCGAGUGGGUCCCCAAGGAAACAAGAAAAACUCAUCCGCAGAAAACAGCGUGGUCAGCCUAGCUGGCCAGGCACCUCAUUUCUCCAGGCUGCUGUCCAAUGUAACUGUCAUGGAAGGUUCCCCAGUGACUUUGGAAGUCGAAGUAACAGGAUUCCCAGAGCCUACACUGACAUGGUUCAAGAAGGGCCAGAAACUGUGUGCAGAUGGACACUUACAGGUCUUGCACAAGGACACAAAGCAUUCGGUGUUCAUUCCGAAGGUAUGUGAGGCAGAUGCUGGCCUCUAUGUGGCUCAAGCCCAAAACUCUAGUGGCACCCUGUCUUCCAAAGCCAUCCUCCAUGUGACAGGUAACCAUGGGCCACCAAUUACAAGACUAAACUGGAUUAUGCUGUGUAUCAUCUAUGUCAGUGUAUCAGUAAUAUACUGGCUACUUACACGAUAGUGACAUGUUGCCAUCAAUGGACAUUGUUAUGAGCCUAAAAGACAAUAUGAUUGUUGAUUUUCUCAUACAUCACACAAAGCACUCCCCCAACAUACACACACCAAUUUAUCUCCACUUUGACUAAUCCCACUGCUAGGUGAAAUAGUUGUAUUUUCUCUACGAUUUAACAUACUUGGGAAACACGGGAAAUUAUGUACAGCGGGUAAUGAUACAUUUCAUACUCUAGGAAGAGAAAGAUUCUGUCUAAUAAGCUGAUCUCUUGUUUAAAGGCAUAUCAAUGCGCACAUAGUUCACAAGGAUCAUAGGGUUUUGUCCUAAUUUUCAAAUCCAAAUGUUUUUCAUUUCUCCUUCACUGUGCUCAUAACUAUCUCUUUGUAGGGCAUUGCAUCAAACUGAGGUUGUGAUUCUCAAUGUUGUAUUAGCUUCCAUUAACUGUGCUUUUCACAUUUUGAUCUUGUUUACCAAACAAACUUGACCUAUGCUGUCUCAACCUACUCUACAUUCCUACGUCGGAGGAUGUCACUAUCAAUAACCAUUCCUCAUGAUGGUCUCUUGGGCUUGAUGUUGGAGAACAGACGUGCCAUCAGCUUCAAAAUGGAGUCAACCUUUCUAUUAGCUCUGAAUGUCAUAUGUCAAAAUGACAUACAGGCUGCAGGAGGGGACCAGUUUUCCCCCUGUCCUUCCACUGCUGUGCAUUGACCAUCUGUGCAUAACUAUAGGCAGGUCCUACUGCAUCUGCUGCUGCUGCUGUUGCUGCUGAACACUGUGUAGCCCUUUACAAGGCAUCUCAGUGCCCCCCCUUUCCCAUCUGGAAGAGGGGCUCAUCUACCUCUUGACAACUGAGUUUUUAUUUUAUGUCCUGUGGUGAUCUGGCCAAUGGAAAAAUACUCAGAGAAGACUCAUUACAAUGCUUGGUGUGAUUUGCCAUCAUGCUACUCAUUACCCAUUAAUUCCCUUUCAGAUUCUGAUCUUUUAGAAUAUUAAAUGAAAAGAGUGCUGUUAAUAUGUAAUUUCUAACUACUCCCUUGGGGGAGGGUAAGACUGAUGUUCUAUGAAUUAGAGUUUAAAUUCCUUUCUAACUUCUUACAACUACAUCCUUUUCAAAGGCUCUGGACGGUAACCUCUGGAGGAUAUAGUUAGCGUGUUUUAGAGGGAGUCUGGGUAAGAUAGAAGAAGACAAUUCUAGCUUUCUUUUGUGCAAUUAUCUCUGUAAUAUUGAAGAAUGUUGUAUGGCUUCCUAAUACGAAUUAUUAAAAAAAAUAAGAGAGGUGUUUGUUUUCAUAUUUUAAACUUUGUCAUGCUAGGGUAAAAUCAAGUUGAAAGAAUAAUUUAUUACAGAUUUUUGAUGAAGGGAAGAAAUUAAUUAUGUUGCUGAAAGACUGUCUACAAAUAAUCAAAAUAUUUAAAUAGAAUAUAUUUGAUGUGAUAUUAAAAAGCUACUGAAUGUUGUGGAAGAUAAGAAAUGUCUAGUCUAGUAAAAAAUUGGCCUAUUUUUUCUUGUCCUGUGUAUACAAUUUAAUUGAAAAAUUGUAACUGUUUUCUUUCAAGUUUUGACAGAAAGCUAUUAAAAUCUUAUAUAUACACGUCA